GUUGUCCAUAACCUCGCAGUGAACGAUACUCCAACUGCUCCAAACAGAAUUUCCAGUUUUUAUCAAUGAGAAUGAUGAUCAAAGCUGCGUCGGGAGUUUCGUGAACAACGGUUGACAUCCGGAGAGAUAAAAGAAGCUUGUCGGCGAGGUUCAUUCGGGAUUGAAGCUAGAGAAGAACAAAUUAACCCCUCGAGAUGUCGGAACAAUUCGUGGGCUGCAUGGUCUCCAUAAAAUGUGUGGACGACCUGGGCACCUACCAGGGCCAGAUAUCGGAUUUCAACCGUCAGACAGUGACGAUUUCAAAGGCCUUCAGAGACGGUGUGCCGCACCCCUCGCCCCAGGUGGUAAUCAACGCGAAGGACAUCGAGAACUUGGAGAUAAUCUCCACGGAGGAGGCAGGCGCCAAAGAGGUCCAGAUGUCGAGCAAAGUAACAGUGAAGAGGCCGAUAGCGAAGCGAGCCAACAGAUCAGUCUCCGAGUGCAUUCCCUCCUCAGUGCCACCAGCCAGUUCCCACUCGAAAAAAGCGACGGAUCCAAUUCCCAUUCCCGAGGUGACGAACGGAAAAAUGACGAUUGAGUCGAAUGCCAAGGCCAACCAGAGGAGAACGCAGAGGCAGAAGUGGCAGGAGAGGGAUGAACAGGCGUUUGGAACUCCCAUCGAUCAGUCCCUCAAUCAGGACUUUGAUUUUGAGAAGAAUCUCGCACUUUUCAACAAGGAGGCUCUCUGGCAGGAGAUCAACUCCUCGAAGCCAGACGUCCUGAGACAGUCGGAGAAUAGUCGAGGGAAGUAUCGACAUGACGAGAAUAUUCUUGUGUCGAAACCCACGACUCUGAGGCAGAUUGUCGUGCCUCACAGUGGUGAGAGAGAAUAUGUGACUGAUGAUGGAUUGGUGAUUCCUAGCAUCACACUGGAGCUGCACAGGCAGCUCAUUGGGGCUGCUGACAGGCUGGGGGUCAGCUGGGAACGACGGGUGGAGCUCUUGGGUCGUGCAGGAGCCGAGAUAACUCUCCAGCUCCUGGGUGGAGCCCACCGGCUGAACCCGAAGAACGCCCACCAGUGGCCGACAGUGGUGGCCCUCUGUGGGCCCCACCGUUCCGGAGCUGCUGGUGUCAACUGCGCACGCCAGCUCUCCUCCCACGGGGUGAAGACAGUCGUCUACAUCGAGAACUCAGAGAACGUGUCCCUCCUCCAGGAGCUCUCCCUCUACAAGAUGACUGGGAAUAAAGUCGAGACGAGAAUAGACAAAUUGGCUUCGGUGGUGGACUUGAUACUCGUCGCCCUCUGCGAGGAGGACUCCCCCAGGGUCGUUCCCUCUGUUGCCAAGUGGGUGAAGGGAAACAGAGCUCCAGUCCUGGCUAUCGAGCCACCUUCUGCUGGAACACCUGGAAUCUCCUCGAAGUUCAGCCUUCUAGGGGCACUACCACUGUCUCACAGCCCUGACAAUGGCAGACUCUACCUCUGCAACCUCGCACUUCCCAACAAAGUGUUCUCAGACGUUGGCGUCACCUAUCGAUCCCCAUUCGGCCCAAAAUUCGUUAUUCCACUGCAUUCUGAUGAUUCUUAGGUAAUUGACGGACUGCGACGAGGGGAAUUCACUGUUCAUUCUUCGGUUGAUGAACGUCAAUACUUAUUGCUUGACACAACAGAUUAAUGUGAGAAUAGCUGAAAUAGUAGUUAUGUAAUUUAAAGAUAAUUAACUGAUUGUAUGGCGUCAGGAGAUGUUUAUAAUUCUCAUGAACAAAUUGUAAAAAGGGUGUGAAACGUUAGGAUUUUUUAAACUACUGAUGGAGAUAAACUUGGGAGGAAUGAUUUACCACGAAUUUGAUAAGAAUAUUUUUAUCGAGAUUUUUUCUAUGGAUGGAAACAUUUGGAGGCCGGGGGGGGGGAAUUAUUUUGUAGAUAAGUUUUACCUUAUUUUUUCUAAUUGGGGAGUUGGGGAGACGGGGGGGAGUGGAGAAUUUUAAUGGACGUAGUGAGUCAACUGAUGCUGUUGAGUUAAAUUAUGAAGAAACUUUGAUCAUUUUUUUUGGGGGGGGGAUAUUAUUGAUUUGAGUUUUUGGCUGAUGGAGAAUUUUUGUGGGGGAAAUUGGGAUUUAGAAGAAGGUUGGCAUGAGAGCCUCGAUAUUACUAGGAGAUUUGGGGGUGUUUAUUUAAAAAAUUGAGAUGAAGUUGAGUAAACAGUGGAUUGUUGCGAAUUAAAUCAUUUUUAUUUGACAGUCACUUCGAUAAAUAUUUCCGAAUCGAACAGAGAUCGCAGCAUCUCGUUUUUCCCUGUGGAAAGAUCCUCCGGGAGAUUUUGAUAUCUCUCUGAGCUCAAGAAAUAAUUGUCAAAAACUCAUCUCGAUUUAUCUCGUUUCACCACUUCGAGCUCAGGUCACCAAUGACGAAACUCAACUGCGCUCUUGAAUUUAAAAUUGAAACAAUGUUGGUUAUCCUUCAGUGAUCCAUCCGCAACUCGUUGGAUCACGCUGUGAAUACCAAUUGGAAGCCCAUUGCGUAUCAACGAAGUGAUGGCCUGUACAAAUAUUUAGCGGGGAAUAAAAAUCAGGAAAGACUUGUGACUCUUCUUUCAGCAGUACGACCAGUUGGGUGGAUGAUUUCGGAUUGUAAAGAUCAAUAAAUGUGUGAGCAUAACGA